AUGGAGGAACUCUCGAGGAUCCUGGAACCGUUAGACACAAACUCUCUAUCAAUCAGUGGGAUUCACUCUGUUAGUGCUGACACUGUAUUAUCAGCGAAGAAGGAGAGUGUUUCGUUUGAUGUUGGAAGAGAUAAGGAAUGGCACAAGCCUCAGGAAACUCUGGAUCAUACUCCGUUAAAGUGGAGAGUACAAAGAGAUGAAUUUAUCUUUAACAGUAAUUCAACCCCAUCCAGACCUGGUGCUGAUGAUGGUAUUCGGUUUCCAAAACGAGACAGUAGUAGGAAGAGGACCAUGGGGCAACGCAGGCGGUUGGUAUUAUCUGGGGCUGGUCCUCAGAAUAUGAAAUCACAUUCUUCUUUACAAACUCAAAUGUCCAAACUGGAUUUGUUAGAUGAUAAUAGAUUAACUAGUUUCCCUAUUGUACCACCCCCUGAACCUGUCGUUACGAAAAAUUGCAGACAUCCGACUAAUGAAUAUAGAAUGAAAAUAUACUCUCAGGAGAGACGGAUAAGUUUAAAUCCACGAAGUCAUGAAAUACACGAUAACAGCACAAAUGAGAACGAACUCUUUCUCAUAGAAGAUUAUAUACCCAGAGAAACAGUGGCUGAAAUUAAUGAGAAUGUCCUUCAUUCGGGAUGCAAGAGAGUUUCGAUAUCAGACUUAAAGUCGAAAUACUAUAAACGUAAACAGUUGGACCAUCUGCCACUGCGGCUUAAGAAAUCCACCGCCAUUUUACCGGAAGUUUCCGAAGUGACUAAUGAAAGCAUCAACGUCUUGGGAGAUAUCAUGCAACCGAAAGAGUUCCUGAACCAAGAUCAUUACCUGAGGGACAUCGUGGUAGCAUCAAACUUGAAGCACUGUGUAAUUUGCGAAAAACCACUUUAUGAACUGAGUUCUCGUCUUCACGAGAUGGGGAAGGAUUAUCAAGAGAUUGUUUGUUUGGGGUGUACUUCAAAAUAUGAAGAAGCCGCCAGGUUGCUUGAAGAUUAUGAAUUUGAAACUACUUUGGAUGAUACGAUUGAUACUGGACGUAAUGACUCAAUGGAUAGCAUGGACUUUAUAGAACCGACAGAGGUUUUGGUUGAGCCUUCAGCGAAGAGAAGAAAAGAGAAUCAGUUUUCAUCCCAGUUAAUCAAUACUCUCCAAGUCGUUCAGAGUAAAACUGAUAUGAUAAAAUUAGCAAACCCUUUUAAACAAAGUUCACUGUCCCUUAUCGAUGUGAAUACCCAACUCUGGUUUCAUACGGCAAAGAAAAAGUUGAGAUGGAGGUGGAGAGUGAGCGGUUUACUUCCGAAAUUCCUGACCAGCUCUUUCAAACCUUCGUCAAGUCAUGGAAAACACGUCCAAUCCUCAGGAUAA